UUAUUAUAAAUAACUGGGACAAAUGCAUGAGCUGGUAAUAAAGAGAGAUGUGGAUCACUUUACAUAUAUGUCUGUACCUGUCCUUUAACUGCAUGUCUGUCGCUUCCGUGGUCAGUUCAAGCACUUGUCGGCUUCAGGGACACUUCAAGCUGAAUGGGAUGUAUCAGGACGGAGACCUUGUCAUUGGAGGCUUGUUUGAAGUUCACUUUCUCACAGUGUUUCCAGAGCUGAGCUUUAGAUCCGAGCCACAACCACCAUACUGUGAGAAAUUUGAUAUGGCAAGCUUUCAGCAGGCACUGACUAUGGUUUUUGCAUUAGAGGAAAUCAAUAAAAAUCCUCGUCUGCUGCCGAACAUCACCCUGGGUUAUUACAUUUAUGACAACUGUGUCAAGCUUGGAGUGUCAUUUCGUGCUGCCACAGCUUUGAUAAGUGGGACACAGGAGUCCUUCUCCAACCUUAACUGUACUGGACCACCACCAGUGAUAGGAAUUGUGGGGGAUCCAGGAUCCACUCACUCCAUUGCAAUUUCCAGUGUACUGGGCCUGUUUCGAGUGCCCAUGGUUAGCUACUUUGCCACCUGCUCCUGUUUGAGUGACAGGAAGAAAUAUCCCUCCUUCUUCAGAACUAUCCCCAGUGAUGCCUUUCAGGUUCGAGCUAUGGUUCAGAUCUUAACACAUUUUGGAUGGACCUGGGUUGGUCUUAUCUAUAGUGAUGAUGAUUAUGGCAUCUAUGCUGCUCAGUCCUUCUACCAAGAUGUGCAGCUGUUUGGAGGCUGUGUUGGCUUUUCUGAAAUUCUGCCCCGUGAUAACAAUCACAGAGAUAUUCAGCGCAUAGUAAAAGUGAUUCAGACCUCUACAGCUAAAGUUGUGGUGGUUUUCUCCACUGAAGCCUAUCUGUUACCUUUAAUGGAUGAAGUGGCAUUGCAAAAUGUGACAGGGAAGCAGUGGAUUGCAAGUGAAGCUUGGACCAGCUCUCCUGUAUUCCACACUCAGCGUCUUCUGCCCUUCCUGGGUGGCACACUGGGCAUCGCCAUCCGCCGUGGAGAAAUCCAGGGACUUCAUGAUUUUUUGUACUAUCUCCGUCCUGACAAUGAUCCAAAAAACAAUAUGGUGAGAAUAUUUUGGGAGAACAUGUUUGGGUGCAAGUUUGAGAUUGGAGACAAAGAAAAACUAUGUACAGGGCAAGAGGAUCUCAGCAACACAAACACAGCAUACACUGAUGUAUCAGAACUGAGGGCCUCAUAUAAUGUGUACAAAGCAGUUUAUGCCCUGGCACAUGCACUUCAUGAUCUGAUGCAGUGUCAGGAGGGGAGAGGACCAUUCAGUGACAACACCUGUGCGGACGUAACAAACCUGCAGCCCUGGCAGGUGGUUCAUUACCUACAGAAAGUAAACUUCACCACAGGUUUUGGGGACCAUGUGUCAUUUGAUAAGAAUGGAGAUGCUCUGGCCAUCUAUGAUGUGAUGAACUGGCACCGAGCUGAUGGGUCAAUAAAGGUCAGCAGAGUCGGUGUGGUGGUUGAAGGGGCCUCAGUAGGGAAGGUGCUCACACUGGAUGAAGAUGCAUUAUACUGGAACUUUGAGACAAGAAAACCUCCACGGUCUGUGUGUAGUGAGAGCUGCCCACCAGGGACCAGACGAGCCAGGAGGAAAGGCCUUCCUGUCUGCUGUUUUGACUGCCUGCCAUGUGCAGAUGGAGAGAUUUCUAAUACAACAGAUGCAAACGAGUGCACAUUGUGUCCAGAUGAGUUUUGGUCCAAUCCAGAAAAAAAUCACUGCAUCCCUAAAGAAGUGGAGUUUUUGUCCUAUGAGGAACCUCUGGGCAUCUCCCUGACCACUGCUUCUCUACUCGGCACCUGCUUCUGUGCUGUUGUCAUGAUCAUUUUUGCUCAUCACCGCAACACUCCUAUAGUGCGCGCCAAUAAUUCAGAACUCAGCUUCCUGUUGCUGCUGUCACUCAAACUUUGUUUCCUGUGUGUGCUGCUGUUUAUUGGCCGACCACAGUUGUGGACGUGUCAGUUAAGACAUGCUGUGUUUGGCAUUAGCUUUGUUUUGUGCGUCUCCAGCAUUCUGGUCAAGACUAUGGUGGUAAUAGCCGUGUUUAAGUCAUCUCGACCAGAGGGUAAAGGUGCUAUGAAAUGGUUUGGAGCAGCCCAACAAAGAGGUACCGUUUUGGUCCUAACUGCCCUCCAAGUGGCAAUAUGUGUUGUCUGGCUGUCAACUGCAUCUCCAACACCUCAUAAAAACAGUCAGUAUGUCAGCUCCAAAAUCGUUUAUGAAUGUGCUAUUGGUUCAGUGGCUGGAUUCGCUGUGCUGCUGGGCUACAUUGGGUUUCUGGCAGCUGUGAGCUUCAUGUUAGCUUUUUUGGCAAGGAAUCUUCCAGAUAGUUUUAAUGAAGCAAAGUUUAUUACUUUUAGUAUGUUGAUCUUUUGUGCUGUAUGGAUCACAUUUGUUCCAGCUUAUGUCAGCUCACCAGGGAAAUAUGCAGUGGCUGUGGAGAUUUUUGCCAUCUUGGCAUCCAGUUUUGGAUUACUGGUGGCCAUAUUUGCCCCAAAAUGCUACAUCAUCCUCUUACAUCCAGAGAGAAACACUAAAAAAGCUGUCAUGGGUCGAGAGAUGUCCAAGAAAUAA